GGGGCCUGGCCCUGAGCGGGGCUGCGGGCGAGGGCCGAGCUCGCCGGCUCCGCGAAAGAUGCCGGACCAAGCCCUUCAACAGAUGCUGGACAGAAGUUGCUGGGUGUGUUUUGCCACCGAUGAAGAUGACAGAACAGCUGAAUGGGUGAGACCAUGCAGGUGCAGAGGAUCUACUAAGUGGGUUCACCAGGCUUGUCUGCAGCGCUGGGUAGAUGAAAAGCAGAGAGGAAACAGCACGGCCAGAGUGGCCUGUCCUCAGUGCAAUGCCGAGUACUUAAUAGUGUUUCCAAAGCUGGGUCCAGUUGUUUAUGUCUUGGAUCUUGCAGAUAGACUGAUCUCAAAAGCUUGCCCUUUUGCUGCAGCAGGAAUAAUGGUUGGAUCUAUCUAUUGGACAGCUGUGACUUACGGAGCAGUGACAGUGAUGCAGGUUCACCAUUCUCUAUUCAGUGGCACUACUUUUGAUGUGAAGGUUGUAGGCCAUAAAGAAGGGCUGGAUGUUAUGGAGCGAGCUGACCCUUUAUUUCUUUUGAUUGGACUUCCUACUAUUCCUGUCAUGCUGAUACUAGGCAAAAUGAUUCGCUGGGAGGACUAUGUGCUUAGACUAUGGCGCAAAUACUCAAAUAAACUACAAAUCUUGAACAGCAUAUUUCCAGGGAUUGGUUGUCCUGUUCCUCGAAUUCCAGCUGAAGCUAAUCCUUUAGCAGAUCAUGUCUCUGCUACUAGAAUUUUGUGUGGAGCCCUUGUCUUUCCUACUAUUGCGACAAUAGUUGGUAAACUGAUGUUCAGUAGUGUUAACUCAAAUUUACAAAGGACAAUCUUGGGUGGAAUUGCUUUUGUUGCCAUAAAAGGAGCAUUUAAGGUUUACUUCAAACAGCAGCAAUAUUUACGUCAGGCACACCGCAAAAUUCUAAAUUAUCCAGAGCAAGAAGAAGCAUAAAACUGACUUCUGGUUGUUCUGAGGCCUCUCAUCCUGAUGAGUCUGUUGUGUUCUGAUUCCAUCAUUAAUGCGCUAGUGGAGACUUGUGAUUAAGCUACUGCUCCUAUAUUCUAAGAGAUACAAUAAAGCACGCAGGGCAGGGGAACGCCUCUCAGUAAUCACGGAACCUGAGGACACGAGUCAACUCUGUCAUUUGUAUGUACUUUUACGGCAGUCGGCUAAACCAUUAUUUUAGCAUGGUAAACCUGGGGUUGUUCAUAUUUUUCCAGACAAGAGUGUAAAGAUAAAACUGUACAAAUAUUAAAAGUGGACAUGUUGUUUUAUUCUGAUGCCUCUUUUGUAUAUACUCAUGUUCAGUGUUUUAGGAACAGCAACUCGAUGAAGGAACUGUGAGGACUUUCUCACUGGUGUAAUUUGAUACAUGCUACACAGGAGCCUCUGUUAACAUGAGAAAAUGUAAACUAGUUCUGAAUAAAUAACAAACCCAAAAUGUAUGUCAGCAUUUAAAUGAUUAUCUGAACAAAAGAGAUGUUGUUGUCUUUCCCUUAACCCAUGUGACAUCUCAGAUGUGUAGGGUCAGUUUCCAGGGCUUCCAGAGCACUUUUUCACUAUUAAACUUUAUUUAUGCAAUGUU